AAUUAGAUUUAAAUUUGUUUAAGUUCCAGCUGCUGACUGUCGUGUUGGUCAUCAGUCCCGCGUGCUCCACAACGAUGUGCACGAGAACAUUAGCAUUGUCUUUCUGUGUGGUGGUUGCUUCUCUCCUUGCGACUAGCUAUGGGGAAAUGUCCGCUUCGGAACUGGCGCAGGACAUCUACAUGGGAUGCCUAAGUGAGCUGUCAACGAGCUGUGUGAAGCCAAAAGCACUGGGGUGGAUUAGUCGGGUUGCAGAUCAAGAUACUAUUAAGAUUACCGAUGACUUGUCGAUCGUAAGGACCGGCGUGGACAAAUUGUCGGAAAAUCUUGGCCGGGAAAACAGCGACCCGAGGUUGGUGCUCGUAGACAAGCUUGACAGUUUCCUCGCUAGCCAUGCACUUCAGGUUAGACCGCCAACAUUCCUUCGAUCGAACGAAGCCCGAUCGAUGGUACCUGACUGGUUGUUGAAAGGAGGAUUAGCUGAAAAGAUGCUUGUUCCAUUAUCGGGUGCCAAUGGAUCUGAAGGCAGAGGGUUCGUACGAAAAGUAAUGAUACCGUUCCUGUUGGGAUUGAAAUUUAAAGUAACCGCAUUGGUACCGCUCGCACUUGCAUUAAUUGCUCUGAAAACAUGGAAGGCUAUGACAUUUGCUUUACUUUCACUGGUUCUAUCAGGAGCGCUUGUUAUCUUCAAGCUAGUGAAACCAAAUAUUGUUAAUUACGAAGUGGUCCCAUAUCCACCAGUUGAACAUAUCAUUGAUCACCACCAUUUAGGCCAUCACGUGGAUCAUUUGGGCUACCAUGCUGACCAUCACUAUGGGCAUCAUUUGGACCAUCACCUUGAUCAUCAUUUAGAGCACUUGGAACAUCCCUUGGAUCAUCAUUUGGAUCAUCACUUGGAACACCACUUGGAUCACCACUUGGAUCACCACUUAGUUGACCACCAUGUUGAACCACAUCUUGACCAUAUUGUGGAUCAUCACCAUGAGCAUAUUGAUGUGGAACAUGUAGAGCCAAUCCAUGUGGAAACUAUCACGGAAGCUGCUCCCCAAGGAUGGCAGCCUUCAGCAUGGCAACGACAAACGGAUGCACAAAACAUGGCUUAUGGUCCACCACAACAGUAGGGGUGACAGGAAAACAUGCGGAAAUCAGUUUUCAGAUCUUUUGUACGAAUUAUUUAAUUAUUUAUUAAAUUAUUUGCUGUGGUGUAUGUAAUUUGUGAUUACAUAACACUUUUUAGGUGCGAACAAAUAAAUUAUUCAUGUGAAAA